GCUUUGAGCCUUGACCAUUCAUGUUUUUCAGAACAUACAACUCAAACAACUACUUUGUCUAGUAAAUUUCUCAAACCCAUCUGACAAAAUGUAACUUGAUUUUAUUCUUGCAGUUUACAAAAGUUGAAUUGCACUAUAAUACCACAUAAAUGCCUAUUAGCCAAGUAUUGAUGAUACAAAUAACCAUGGAUUUUCGUCCCAUGAUCUGUUCAGCCCCGCUGACCUUUUUUUGAGCAACGCCCCGCUGACCAAUACUUGAUAAUACAGUAAACCAUUGAUGCAUAUCCCCAUCACGAUAUACUGGGGCAUGCAAGUAUGCAACGGUGGUUCAUUUUCAAUGAAAAAUUCUUAGUCUCUAGUGUUAGAACUUGAUGCUCAGUUGAAUCUCUUUCUCCAUAGACCGUCGAGGUCAUGCAUUUGUAUAUUAAAUUGGUAAGAAAACUUGGGCAGAAUUUAUGAGUAUUAAUCUCACUUCUGGUUUAUGAUUACAAGAAAGUUGAAUGUUAAUAAAGUACACACGUCCCUAUUUUAAAUUUUAAUAACCUUUACGAAAACAUUAUUAACCAUCACUUAACAGAUUUUUUUUUUUAUAAAAAAAUUCCUCUAAAUUUUCGAAUAUGGGGGAGUACGUAUUUUAUAGUACUAAUAAACAAAUACUGAAUUUAGCCGGAGUCUGAAAAAACAAUCGAUCAAGUAAAAAGUAGAACGUUACAAUCGCGUCCCAAACAUUCUCUCUCCUCUUCCCCGAAUAAUUCGAACCAAAAAAGUAAAAAUUUCUCCAGAAUAAAUAUUCACACAACACAACAACCAAAACAAACAAAAAACGAAAACUUUGAACUUUGCUCCAAAGGAAAGCUCUCACCAAAAGGAAUCAUUUCUUCAAUCAAAUCAAUCCAAUCCAAAUGGAGUUCCCUCCCCCGCCUCCACCUCCCCCGCCGGAGAGAUCCAAACGCCUCCACAACUUCACCUUACCUUAUCUCCGAUGGGGUCAGCAGAGAUUCCUCAGGUGCGUCAAGCUCCCUUCUUCCUCCUCCUCCUCUCCUUCUCCCGAUCGCGCCAAUCACGGAUCUCCCUCUCUCCCCGGAGCUGGAGGAGGAGAGUCUGCUCAGCCAAAGGUCUCUGCUUUGGGGAAUGGAGAUGCUGCAGCAGCAGCUAGGCCGUGGAAUCUGAGGACGAGGAGAGCUGCUUGUAACGAGCCUGGUGGCGGAGACGACCCCACGACCACCACCACGAGGAUGAUCAUCACAAAUGAAAUUGGCGGAGUCAAGAGAGGUGGUGAAGGAGGUGGUGAUGGAUCGGAGAAACUGAAAUUCUCUGUUUGUUUGUUGAGAGAAGAGAUCGAAGAGGAUUUCACAGCCUUGAUUGGUAAAAAGCCUCCUCGUAGACCAAAGAAGAGACCCAGACUUGUUCAGAAGCAAAUGAAUACUCUGUUUCCUGGAUUGUGGUUAGGGGAAGAAGUAACGGCAGGCUCUUACGACGUCCCUGAGGCUGCUGCUGCUGCUGAAACUUGAUUGUAAGGUUUUCUUGAAUUUGGGAGUCCCCAAGACCAUUCAUUCUUCUUCUUUUGUGUAUCAAUCUUUGUGUUUGUUUUUUCUACUUUUCUCAAUAUUUUCUUUUGUUGUAAAAAAAAAGGAAGCAAAAAGAAUGUAGUAGCAAUGUCAAUGUGGCCAACAGUUCUUUAGUGAAUGUAGCAAUGUCCCAAGACAUUUUACUCCUUCUAUUGUAAAAGAGAGAGACAACUGGUGUUUUUUUCAUUACCAAAAGCUAAUUGUAAUCUCUCCAUGGCUAUGGAAUCUCCAGCUGUUUCUUUUU